GUGGAGGAAAAGCUUUGGAAGGAUCAUUGUGUGCUCCUCAACAAGGAUGAAGAAAAUGAGCUUUCUAUGUUUGGCUACAAAACCCAAGGCUGACGGAGGGUAUUCUACAUUGCUGGAUACCUCUUGUCCUGUGGGGCUCUGCUGCUGCUGUUUUACUGGAAGCCCAAGUGGGAUGUGUGGGCAAACUGCAUGUGCUGCAGCUUGGAAGAAGCAGACGUUGUUCUGCUCAGAACAACAGAUGAGUUUCAGACAUACACCCGGAAGAAGGUGACCUGGAUUGAUUUGUCCACAUUGGCACUACCUGUUGGUAGUAAUUCAGAUGGUCCUCUUGUAGCUGAUAAAGAUUCUGUCAUAAACAGAGCCAUAAUGAAGCCACAGUUAAAGAUGAGAUGUAUCCAGGUGCAGAAAAUCCAUUAUAUUUGGGACUUUUCUGUAAAUGAAUUCAAGAAAGUUGGAUUAUUAGAAGACAGCAACACAUGUCACAGCAUACACCACAAGUUUGGAGCUGGCCUCACAAGGGAAGAACAGAAGAUCAGGCAGCUGGUGUGUGGGCCUAAUGCCAUUGAAGUUGAAAUUAGUCCUAUUUGGAAGUUACUUUUUAAAGAGGUCACGUUACAUUUGCAUUUGCGGAUUUUAAACCCCUUCUACAUGUUCCAAGCCUUCACCCUCAUGCUGUGGCUGAGCCAAGUCUACACUGAAUAUUCAGUGGCCAUCAAAAUCCUGUUGAUAAUUUCUGUUGGCUUAACUGUGUACAACCUCAGACAGCAGUCUACCAAGCUGCAUGACCUCGUUGAAGAGCAUAAUGAAGUCCAGGUUACAGUCUGCACAAAGAGCGCAGGUUGCAAAGAGCUGGAGUCUGGUUACUUAGUCCCUGGAGACAUGUUUGUUUGAGAUGGAAAAAAGCACGCUCUCCCAUGUGAUGCUGUCCUGAGUGAUGGAAGCUGCAUUGUGAAUGAAGGGGUGCUCACAGGUGAAAGCAUUCCGGUUACUAAAACCCCCUUGCCCCUCAUGGAGAGUCCAAUGCCCUGGAAAACCCACAGCAGAGAAGACUAUCAGAGACACACCCUCUUCUGCGGGACAGAAGUCAUACAGACGAAGUCGAAGAGCAGAGGGCCAGUGAGAGUUGUCGUGCUGCAAGCUGGGCUCAAGACAGCUAAAGGUGGCCUGGUGAGAUCCAUGCUCUACCCCAAGCCAGUGAACUUCAAACUCUACAGAGAUGCCUUCAAGUUCAUUGUAGGCCUCUCUGUCAUUGGCGUGUUUGGACUCAUGUACACAGUGUGUGUGCUCGUGUCCCACAGGAAGGUGGUGGCAGAUGUGGUGGCUAUGGCCCUCCUCAUCCUCACUGUGGCCAUGCCUCCUGCUAUCCCUGCUGCCUUGACAACACGUGCUGUUUAUGCUCAAAGGAGGCUGAAGAAAAAGAUGAUUUUCUGCAUCAGCCCACAGAGGAUUAAUAUCUGUGGGCAGAUCAACCUUGUUUGCUUUGACAAAAUGGGCACAUUGACAGAAGAUGGACUGGACCUGUGGGGCAUCAUCCCUUCUGCUGCGAGCUGUUUCAGAAAAAUCCGUAAGUUCCCAUCCAGCGCUCCUCUGCCCUGGGGACCUGUGUGUGGAGCUAUGGUGAGCUGUCAUUCACUGGUGGUUUUGGACAAGAAGAUUCAGGGAGAUCUGCUGGACCUGAAAAUGUUUGAGGGCACACACUGGGGGGGUAUGUGUGGUGAUGGCGCCAAUGACUGCGGGGCUUUGAAAAUGGCCCAUGCAGGGAUAUCACUGUCAGAGCAGGAGGCAUCCAUGGCCUCACCUUUCACCUCCCAAAUCCCCAACAUCCAGCGUGUGCCAGCGCUGAUCAGGGAAGGUCGAGCUGCUUUGGCUGCUUUUUGCUGUGUUAAAUACCUGACCCUUCAUGGCCUGAUUCAGUUUGUUGGUACUGCUCUGGUGUUUUGGCAACUGCAGAUCUUUGGGAAUCGCCAGUGUUUGAUACAAGACAUCGUCAUUACCCUUUUGGUUUGCCUAACAAGUAACUUGACUGAAGCCUAUCCAAAGCCGGCCCUGUCGCCUCCCAGCCAGCUCAUGUCUCCUACCUUGCUGCUCUCCAUGCAUGCAAACCUGUGGCUUCCUUUUGGAAGCAGCCCUG